CCCAACCCUCUCUACCCCCCCUCCUAUCACUAUCCCUCUGAACUCUGAAGCAAAGUUCAAAAUCACCCAACCAAAACCCUACGUUCUACCUGCAACGGUUCUGCCGCAGUGCCGCCGCCGUCCGUGCUGUCGGCGCCUCCGCGUCCUCUCUUGUAGCCCAGGUCUUCUCUUGUAGCUCGUCGUGCUCCUUCCCCCUGUCCCCGUCCUUCCUGGCUUCUCUGUUCGAGGCUUGGAGCAGCUCGCCGCCGUGUCGCCGGUCGCCGUCCGUGUCUCCGUCGAAGUAAGGCAUGGGGAAGCAAGGAGGAGGAACUAAAAACCCGGCUUGUCAGCCUAACACUCCUGUAUCACUCAGGGAAGAAGCCACAGGAAAAAUACAUAAAAAGCCAAGAGCCACCACCAGGUCAUUAGUGGAGGUUGAGCACUUGGAAAAGAUUGCAGUUUGGGCCUCUCAUGAGGCUCAGAUACCGUCUUUAGGAGCUUUCUAUGGGCAGCGUUUGGCCACUGUUGCCGAGGCCAAUGGAAUAACGCCUGAUUCUUCUUUGAUAACUUGCCAUAGAUGUGAAACUGUUCUUCAUCCUGGCAUCAAUUCAACUGUGAGAAUUGAGAAGAAUAGAUCAAAGCACAGGGGCAAGCAUAAACACAGUCAAAACAAUGUAGUGUACAAGUGCCAUUUCUGUUUGCAUCACAAUGUGAAGAGGGGGACUCCUAAGGGACAUAUGAAAGGAUUAUGUUCAUCUAAAACCAAAACGUCAUCGGUAUCAACACCAGCAACAAAACCCAUUACACAUGAGUCUUCAAAAUCGGGGAAAGGCAUUAUAGGUGAAGACAACACCAAAGAAGCAGAUGCAUUUGCUUCAUCAGUUACAGAUAAAGAUGUCUCCGUUGUAGAUAGUCCAGCCACCCCAUCAAGUGUAAGUGCCACAACCUCAAAGAAAAGAAAGUCUAAGAAGACACUUGAAGCUUCGAGUGCGUCUGUUGAAUCAGAAGCAUCGAAAACUCAGGGCACAGCAAGCAAAAAACGGAAAAGAUCAUGGACUAGCUUAAAGAAACUUGUGCAGAGCAAUGACCACGACAACAGUGAUGAUGCUAAUUUGAAAAUCCCAUUCCUUUUAUAAGUAGGGAAGUUAUAAAUUUUGUUAUCGAGUUGGUUCUCUUGUUUGGAGGUCAUUAUUUCCUCUGCUAGAGUUGCACUUUCUAAUUGUUUUCUAUGGAUAUUAAUAGAUCUGCCAAUAGAUCUUUUUUUUAUUUUCCUUUUUUUUUUCUUCUCCGGCAGUGUACUUUGCCCGAGUGAGGAGCAAUAGUUUGAUAAUAGCUAUGAUAUUUUUGUAUCUUGAAGGUGAUUCUGAGUUCAAAAUAGACGGGAAAUUGGGGAAUAAAAUGGGAUGGCUAGGUUGUUGUUUUAAUGUUCACAAUGGAGAUGAAUUUUAUUUCUCUCUAA